CGCAUGCGCGGUGCGGGAGGGCCGGCGGAGGUUUGGUUGCAGAGAAGCCUUGUCCUGGUUUCUGUAUGAAUGUUCCAGGUUUAUUUCACUUUGCAUUCUCACUGAGAGGGGUGCAAGCACCACCAUGGGCAGUUCUGAGGAAGCAGCAGCUCUCCCUGCCCAGCCUGCCCUUGCUUCAGGCAGCAAGGAAAAGGAACUCUCUGAAUCUCCUUGAACUAAGUGAGGCAGAAUUAGAAGAACAGUUUGUAAGAGGUGAUGGCCCAGGAGGUCAGGCCACAAACAAGACAAACAACUGUGUUGUCCUGAAGCAUAUUCCAUCUGGGAUUGUGGUGAAGUGUCAUCAGACAAGGUCAGUGGAGAAGAACAGAAAGAUUGCCAGAGAAAUCCUGCAGGAAAAAGUUGACCUUUUCUACAAAGGAGAAGACAGUGAUGUUUUUAAAGAGAGGAAAACAUCGGAAAAGCAAAAGCAGGAGAAAAAAAGAAGAGCAAAGGAAAACCUAGAAAGGAAAAAGCUUUUUAAAGAGAUGCAACAAUUGGAUAAGGAAUGAAGAUGUGAAAUAUUGCCUUGCCCUGGCAGGCACCCUCACCAGAUGCCACCACGUUUUGGCCUUCAACAAAGCCCCCAAGCCAGAGUGUGGAUUUUGAAGGAACUUCACCUCCUUGUCCCAGAGACAGCUGUGCCCUGUGCCAUGCAUGCAGUGCUCCAGCAAUCUGCAGCCCCUUCCUUGUCCUUUCCUGAACUCCUGCAUGAAGGUUAAAUUUUCAUCUGUUGACAGCCCUUGCUCCUGGAGUAAGAAUGUGAUUAAAGUGACUGUACAUAGUUUUAAUACAAACUGUUAAUGAAAAUAAGCUUUAUUACGUCAAGUAAUAAAUACAUACAAAGAUGCAAA